AGUUACAGUUUGCACACACUAACAUACAUGGCGCUAAUGUUGUUAGCGCUACUCUGACGAUUUUAUCAGUAGUUUAACAAGCGAAGUAACAACAACGGCGCUGUUUGUGAACAAAAGGAACUAAGUUUCACUAUAACUAGAGACAUUGCUGCCGAACACUAUUGAGAGACGCACAGAGAUAAAAUAAAGUCAUGCAGGACUGGAAUGACAUGAGGUUUUGAGGUUUGACGGCCCUAGCCAUUUGUGUUGAUUUGCAACAUGCAGAUCCUUCUGAGCAUCACAUGUUACGUUCGGUGGAAGAAAGUAAGUCAUUCGGGAUUGGAACAACAUGAGGGUGAGUAAAUAAUGACAGAACUUUAAUUCCAGUGAACUCUUCCUUUAAAUCUACUAAUGUCAACAGGUUUCUGAGAUCAUUAGUGUCAUAUGAAACCAUCUUUGACGUCACUAAUUUAGCCCUAAAGGUCUCAGUGUGUUUGUCUGUACAAAGACAUGCACAUGCAAAUGAAUGAGUCUAAUGAAGCUUGUUUAGCGGCACUGUUUGGUGGAGUUUCGUAUUAUUCAAAUGAGUAUUUUCUAACUGUGUUCUCAAAAGGUCACAUGUGUGGUGUUUGUUUGAGUUUGUCUUGUUGUGUGUGUGUGUGUGUGUGUGUGAGAGAGAGAAAGAUAGCAUCAGUAAUAGGCUUACGGUGGUGGAGCGGUAAAUAAGAGAACGGGACUCACAAGGUUGGCCACGAUGCUCAUCUUCUCUGACCUCCCGUUUCAAUAUGGGCCCCAUCCCUCGUUUUAUUCCUCCCCUCCCUCGCUCUUUUCCACUCAUUCACCCUCCUGUCUCUUCAUCAGCCCUUCAUUGUGAUAGAUGGCACGUGGAUGGACAGUAAAGUGCUAAAGUUUGUGGGCCGUGGAACCCACACCGCUGCAUAAAAAAGAGAGCGAGAGCGAGAACGAGAGGGCUGGCGCUUCCAGAAUUGGAUGGAGCGGAGGAAACACGUCAGCAUUUUCUCUCCCAGCCUACACGGUGCAUGUCUACCAGUGGGAUGUGAAAACACCAGCAAGCCAAGCAUAACGCUGCAAUUUUGGAAGACCAGCAGCCUAAAUAAAUGGGUGGUUGUUAAGAAAGCGUCAGGACGAGGGGAGCGUGUGUAGGGGAGCCCCACUGGCAUUUCCUCACCAGAGCUGGUGAACGUCUUCAGAGAAGAACCUCCAGAUGAGGCGAGACAAAGGCGAGCGGUGAGGCUCAACAGGGAGGUUAGACAGGCUUGAAGAACAUCUCAUUAAAGACCUGGACAGGAACCGCUGAGUCAUUCAGAAGAGCUCCAGACUCCAGACAUAACUUCGAACCCUCUUCACAUCUCCCUGACAGAGCGCCGACGCUCCAAAAUAAGAUUUGUUUUUCAGAUUUGUGAUCAGAGGAGAUGGGUUUCUGGUUUCCGUUCGUCCUCACAAGUGCUUGGGUUUUUCUUCAGAUGGAGUUACGAGGUGUGUGUGGGCAGCAGGCGUUCAAGACAGAGCCACGUAAUGUGACGGUCAGGGCGGGGGCCACAGCUCUGCUGAAGUGUGAAGUGCUGAGGGCCUCAGGGGCCGUGCAGUGGGUUAAAGAUGGGCUGCUCCUGGGACCUCAGAGAUCGCUGCCUGGCUACCCACGCUACAGCAUGACAGGAGACCAGCGGAAAGGCCAGUACCAUCUUCAAAUUCUCAACGUGAGUUUGGAAGACGACGGCCCCUACGAGUGCCAAGUGGGUCGCUCCGUGAGCAGCCGUGACAUCGUGUCCCGUACAGCCUGGCUCAAUGUGCAGAUCCCGCCCUCACAGCCGUACAUCCAGCUGGAGUCUGAUGAGCCGUGGGUGGAGGGAGACGAAUACACGGUGACCUGCAUCGCUCCUGAUGCAAAACCUCCUGCAGAAAUCACCAUGUUCAGAGAUGGAGAGGAGCUGACGGAGACUGAUUCUUUCACAAUGUCAGGCUCCCAGGAUAAGCUUCUGAACACUCAUGCUGAAGUCGUCAUCAGGGCACACAGUUCAGACAACGCACGGCAGCUGACAUGUCGAGCGAAGAACCCUGCUGCUCCUCAAGCUCUUGAGACUCGCAUGACCAUGAGCGUAUACUUUCCCCCGCAGGCUCCGGUGAUCAUGGGAUUAGAAAAUGAAGAGGUCAAAGCUGGUUCCUUUCUCAGGGUGGUGUGCAUGUCGUACGGGGGCAACCCACUGGCCACUCUGCAUUGGACUAAGAAUGGAGAAGUCCUGUCCACUAGCUGGGAGGAAGACGUUGUGUCACGUCGCUCCAGUAGUGUGUUGAAAAUGGAGGUGAAGCCAGAGGACAAUCAUGCUGUGCUGCAGUGCGAGAGCGUCAACCAAGUGUCUCGUUCACCAAUGUCCCUCACUCGCACUCUCACCGUUCUUUUUGAGCCAGCCAAGGUGAAGUUACUGGGUACAUUUGAAGCCAUCGAGGGAGAGGAGAUCAAUAUGUGCUGUUACACUUCUUCUAGUAAUCCUCCGGUCCACAUCCGCUGGUGGCUCGGGUUCAAGGAGCUCAACAGAACGGAUGUCACCAUCUCUGAGGGGGAUAAUGGUGGAAUGAUGACAAUGUCUAACCUGACGCAUAAAGUGUCACGCGAGGACAACGGUCUUUCUCUGACUUGUGAGGCGUUCAACAAAGGCACCCGCUACUCUAGAGUUUGUUCUGAAGAGCUCAUCGUUUACUAUCCUCCUCAGAAGGUGUGGUUAGAUGCUCCUCCACCAAACGUCUUCUUACACUCUGGUACAACUCUUCGUUUGGUCUGUUUCUCCAGUGGUGGGAAUCCCACAGGUCAGCUGGUCUGGUUGAAGAACAAUAAAGUCAUGCAGACCGCAUCGAAGAUGGUGUUUUCACAGCGUGGUGUGUCACGAGAGCUGCCUCUCAUUCUCCAGCCCAGCGACAAUCUGGCCACCUACCGAUGUGACUCCUCCAACAAAGCCAAUAAAGUUCUGUCCACCCAGACCAAACUCAGGGUUCUGUUUCCCGCAGUGAGUGUGAAGAUCGUGGCCAAGCAGCAGGAGCUACGCAGGGAUCAGACGCUGGACUUGGACUGCCUGGCUGGAAGCAGCAAUCCCACUGCAAAUAUCAGCUGGAGUUUGGGCCCCGUCAUGCUGAAGGGAGUUGACCAGGCUCCUAAAAAGGCAGAAUUUGGCGGGAUGUCCCGAACCAGUAAGCUGUCCCUCACUCUUGAGUCCCAUCACUGGAAGAAAAGGAUCACCUGUCAGGCCUUCAGUAACGUGCUGUCCGAGGGUGUCAACAACUUCUACACUCUCAAUGUGCUCUUUCCUCCGGAGUUUUCGGAUGAACAGCCCGAUCAGGUCCAGGUCAUUGAGGAUGAAACGGUCACGCUUCCUGUCAAAGUCACGGCCAAUCCGGACGAAGUCACCUGCGAGUGGAUUUUUCAGGGAGAGAAGCUGGUGAAAGAAAGAGAUCCUCGUUAUCAGUUCGACGACUGGACCCUGGAAAUCCUCAACGUUUCUCGGCGAGACGGGGGCGAUUACAUCAUAGAGUGUUCCAACGCUGAGGGGAAGAACCGCACAAAGCUCAAGCUGGAUGUACAGUAUGCCCCUACUGUUCGUAUGAAGUCUGAUCCUGUGUAUGUGAACUUGGGAGACACGGCUGACUUACUGUGUGUCGCUGAUGCCAACCCCAUCACCAACAGUAUGUUUUCCUGGAAGUGGAUGGGUGAAGGGGAAGUGGAUGAUCUGGGAGAGCAGAGUGAAGAUGAAGGCACUGGUUUGUUAACUAUAUAUGAGGUGACCCGUGACCGGGCAGGUGUUUACCAGUGUACAGCAGACAACGGCGUAGCGCCUCCUGGCAGCGUGGAAGGACAGCUUAUUGUACGCUUUGCUCCAGAGCUUCAGAAGGGGCCGCAGUGGAGGAAGGUGGCCAGCCGAGGGGACGGCAGCAAUGAUGCAAAUGUGGUUUGUCAGGCACAAGGUGUUCCUCGUGUCCACUUCACCUGGGCAAAAAAUGGAUUUCCUUUAGAUCUCGGCAACCCCAGGUAUGAGGAGAAGACUGAGGUGACAGGGACCGUUCACACCAGCAUUCUGACCGUCAUAAACGUGAGCGCAGCUCUGGACUACGCCAUCUUCACCUGCACCGCCCACAACAGCAUGGGAGAGGACUCUUUAGACAUCCAGCUCCUCAGCACCAACCACCCCGAUCCCCCAUCAGACCUGAAGCUGCUCCGUGCCGACCAUAACUCUGUAACUCUGGAAUGGAUGCCCGGAUUUGACGGUGGUUUGACACAAAACUUCCGUGUCAGGUACCAGUGGGCGGGAUCAGCGAGUUUCAUGUAUGUGGACGUGUUUCCUCCGACAGCCACUGUUUAUACAGUCACAGGCCUCAACCCUUCCACUACCUACAACUUUUCGGUCAACGCUAUCAAUACAAUGGGAGAGAGCAGCUAUGCAGACAACAACAAAAUACUGAUGGUCACCACUGCUGAUGCGGAGAAAGCAGAUGACGGGGUCUCCCCAGCAGACCAGGACUCAGCUCUUGCAGGUCGCGGUCUUCCUGUCUAUGUGGUGGUGAUCCUGGCUGUGGGCGGUCUUCUGUUGUUCCUAAACCCUCUGAGCUGCUUUCUGUUGGCCAAAUGGAAAAGAGGGCGGAGCCUGAAAGAGGACACCAGGAGCAUUUCACAGGAGACCAAAAGCGAGGAGCAGAGGUCCACGGCGAGCGGCUCAACCCGCUAUGCAAGCAGAGAGCUUAUCAACGCCUCGGCACAGCGAACGCUCCUCAUCGACAGCAGCUCCGAGCCUGGCAGCAGCGUCUAUGAGAGCUAUGGACGGCAGGAGAGUACUCAUUAUUACUACCCAACAGAGGUCUACAGUCCUGCCCUGUUCACUCACCCUGAAGGCCCUGAGGAUCAUGAUGGCAGACACGACACAAACCCUCUCGCUCAUGACUAUGAGGAGGUGAGAGGCUGGGGGACGUACGAGGACCUGCAGGGCUACUCACUGCUGCCCCCUGCUGCCCACCAAUUUCAUCCACGAGCACCAGUAUCCACCUAUCAUGAGAAAGCUGAUGUGGACAUAACAACAGGAGUUUAUGAUUCUAAGGUGUACAGACGCAGAAGAGACACAGACUUGCCAUUUGAGCUCAGAGGGGAGCUGGUUUAAUAAUAGUGAGGCUGGUGUGUGCUCUGGUCUAGACCAGCUCUACCCUGAGACCAGUUUGGGUUUAUGAGUUUAUAAAACAUUUUCCCUUUUACUUUUUCUAUUAUUUGUCUAAAAUAUGUUGGCUGUUCUGUUUUUGCAUUUUAAAUUCACCAUAAAUGUUUAAAUUGCUGAAUAAAUAUUUAAUUUGUUUUUAA